GAUCCAAAGCUACGACUCAUAUACUAGAACUAAAUUUAAGUAAAACAGAUUAUACGUAACAUUUUAGAAUUUCGAUCGUCACCCAAACAGUCAAUAGACUAUAAUACUAUAAGAAUAAGAAAUUAUUUCGUGCCUAACGAUAAAAAUUAUUUGACCAGUUAGAUAAUAACGAACACAGUGAAAAUACAUCAGAAACAAAUUCGCUUUUCCUCUGUUUCGUAUGCUUCGUGUACAACAUAUAAAAGUGACGUUUCUUGCAGAUAAAAAUGUCAGACAACGAGACUCUUAAAUCAACCACUGAUCCAGACUCUUGUCUAUCUGAAAUGGCAAAGUCAGGUCAACAAGACAAUGUAGAAGAUACAUCAGUCGCCACGGUAGAAAAUCAAAAUGCACCCAUGCAAGAUAUUGACUGUAAGAUUUCGUAUGGCAUAGAAAAUCAAACAAUAGAGAUGUCCGCAAAGGAAGUAAACGCGACUAGCAUUGAAGAUAUGAAAAUUAUCUGUGAAACUGUGAAUAAGUCUCUAGAAAAAAAAGUGGAGGACAGCACAACAUCUGAAACAAAACAAAAUGUGUCAUCUCCAAAUAUUCCGGAAAUUCAGCAAGAAACGGCCAUAGGCGCCGGAGAUAUUUUUUCCGUGACAAAACAAGACGGAAAUGCUGAUGUUGAGAAACCAGAAGAGCAAAUUGCACUUACUGGCAUGGUCGAUCCGAUUAAACCGGAAAACGAUAAAUCAGUGAUAGGAGACGAUAACAAUGUAACUGAACACGAACUUUUAAUAUCGAAAUUAAAAGAAGAAGUGCAGAAAGCGGCUAACGAACGAGACUCUUAUCAAAAGAAGUUGGAAAGCGCAGAAAAAAAACUGACGGAGUUGCAGACGACGUACGAUGCCCUGCUGAAGGGUGAAGGUAACGAGGUCAUGCUUCGUCGAAUGGUGGAUCAGUUAAAGGGCAAACUUAUUCAGACUUCGCUGCAAUUGGAAGAUCGAAUUCGUACCGUGUCCAAUCAGGAGAAGCAAAUUAGCGCAUUGAAUAAUCAGGUGGCUUCACUGAAGGAAGUAGAGUCUCUCACCAGAAGUCUGUUGCAAAUUCGUAAUAUGGAAGUAAAGCAUUUGCAGGCAGAGGUUGAUGACAUGGAAGUCCGAAUUUCUGAGGAACGUGAACGAUAUAAUACGAUGAUUAACAAAAUGGAUGCCGCGGUCAAAUUAAAUGCAGAUUUGAAAAAAGAAUACGAGACCCAGCUUUGUCUUUUCCGAGAUUUACGAGAAAAGUAUGAAGAAAAGGUUUCAUUACUAUCAGAAGAGAAACGAGCCCUUGAGGCUAACGUACAGUCUCCUAAAUAAGGAAGUACCUUAAACUCGCUGAAUUGUUUUGUAAUUAUUAUAAUUUGUAUAAAAUAGAAACUUUGUUCGGAAAUAA